AUGGUGCUUUUUCAAAACGACUGCAUUGAUCUGCAAUUCGCCUCACUGAAGCUCCUUCUAGCGGCUGUUCUGGAGCAAAGCCUCAGUCGUGAUGAAUUCACAUUUUACGAUGGCAGCCAAGUCAUUGCAGACGUGGCGCCUAGGGGACUUGAAGCAUUUCAGAAAUUGGAUGACAAACAGAAGACCUAUCUUCGCGAACGUGUCAUCGGCAAGAUCGAGUAG